AGCAGAGUCCGAAACUCCAGCAGCUUCUCACCUCAGGAUUAUUUCUUCCUCUCUUUUCCAGACUUUCACAGAAAUAAAUAAUGGACUUAAACUCGUGGGUUUCCGCGCUGUGGCUGCUCCUCUCCUGUUUCUGCUGCGCAGCCCUGGCCGCCCCCCCCACGCGCGCCCCCGCCACGCGCGCCCCCGCCGCCGCCAGCGCGCACCAAGCGCGUGCCCGCACCAAGCGCUGCUCGUGCGCGACCUUCCUGGACAAAGAGUGCGUUUAUUUCUGCCACCUGGACAUCAUCUGGGUCAACACACCUGAGCGUGUGGUCUCCUACGGGCUCGGCGAUGCACCGAGGACGAAGCGCGCGCUAACGGACGCCAUGACAACCGGCCGCGGGCCGCGCUGCGCCUGCGUGAGCGCCGACGACCUCAGCUGCAGCAGCUUCUGCCUCAGACAGGAAACGGCGGCAGAGGCGGAGCUUCGCUCCACAAAGAGUCGGCGUGAGCAGCGUGAACGACGGGGGCGGGGAACAUCUGUGAUUGACAGGGUCAGGACCGGCGGCAGGAAACAGGCGUCACCCGCGGCGCCGCGGCCGGCGCUGAGGCCCCGCCUGCUGCUGCAGAUGUGGAGGGCGAGGCAGCGCCACCGGUCGAGGCCGCAGCAGGACGCCGGCGCCGCCUUCUGAAGGGGGCGGUUCCCCCUCACUGGACUGCGCGGGGAAACCUCCACGCUCCAAUCAGGCUCCAGUUCUCCUCUGGACCCCAAACGCAGCAUUUCAAGAACUCAAUCAGGGUCUCGGAGAGUCGAGCUGCAGAGACAUUGCCGCUGACGCAGGAGCCUGACUCCUCCCACCCAGGAACUGACUCCUCCCACCCAGCAGUUGUCCCUAUUUAUUAUUAUUUAUUUACCCUCUCCCUCCGCCAGCGUGUCUACCGACCAGAUUGGUCCAUCUCAUGUCUGUCAUUUCUGUGAAAUGGUUUGUAACCGAGGUGCCGAAUUCUGGCCGAACUUUAAUAAAUCACAACU